AUGAAAUUUGUUGAAACUUCCUGUUUUAAUCGAAAUAACAAAGGGUGUGAAAGAUGCAAUUCUGGUUACUAUAACAUUAACAAUGAAUGUGAGUUGUGUUCUAAUCAUUGUGAUAAGUGUUACAACACAACAUAUUGCUUAACAUGCGAUCCACAGUAUUACCUAUCAUCCACCUUUACAUGUGAACCGCUUGGCAAUUUGUUUACAAAAUGUAAAUUGACACUGCCGACGGGUGGUGGGUGUGCAAUUUGCAAAGACAAGUACUAUAAACAAAAAACUGAUUGUAUUUCUUGUGAUGAGUCAUGUGGUACUUGUGUUGAUGGUGCUUCUUGUUUGACUUGCCAAAAUGAAUAUUUCAGACUUUCAGGAAGUAAAAGUAAAUUGUGUGUAUCAUAUGACAACUUGACUAACUGCAUAACAAAAACGCCAUUUGGGUGUCUGAAGUGUGAGGAUGGACAUUACUUGUAUGAUUACAUUUGCAAGAGUUGUUUUGAAAAUUGCAUCUCAUGUGACAAUGAUCAAAGCUGUAAAAGCUGUGUUGAAAAGGACUAUGUGUUGGUUGACUUACAGUGUGUGGAUUAUAAAAAUGUCGAAUUUUGUCUGUCUGCGAACAAUUCAAAGUGCACAGAAUGUGAAGGAUUUCACAAACCAAAUGAUGUUGGUGAUUAUUGUGUCAAAGAGACAAAUUAUGGAUUGGUGGUUGGCGUGCCAAUAACAGUCACUUUUGUGAUAAUAGUGUUUAUUAUUGCUUUAAUACCAAUUGUGAUAUCAAUGAUACAAAAAAGAAAACAAAAGAAGAAAGAACAGAACAUUUGCAACUUCAAAAUGAGUCGGUCAAACAUUGAGAUGGUCACAUUGAGUGCAAAUUUAGUGACAAACAAAACAACACUGAAAUUUGAUUUGGAUAACAAUCACCCACUGAAAGUCGAUUGUGAAACAAGAGAUUUGUUAUGUCUUGGAAAUGUGUCUAAAAGCAACUUGAAAGUACAAUUCAGUGUGAUGGAAGGGUGUGACUAUUAUGAAAUAAGAAGUGUGCCACCAUUUGUCACAUUGAAGCCUGGAUAUGCUUGUGAGUUUGAAAUAAUUAUUAAGCCGUUGUGUACUUGUGUUACUAAAGAAAGUGUGGCGAUCACUUCGUUAAAUAUAGCAACUGGUGUCAUUGAAAACGCAAAAAUGGAAAUGAAAAUCGAGACGGAACAAACAACUAAAUUGAAUUACAGAGAAAUAACAGAAGACGAGAAGCUUGGCGAAGGAAGUUUCGGAAUAGUUUAUAAAGGGCAAUACAGAGGCGUCUGUGUUGCAAUCAAAAAGAUGAAACAACUUGAUAAUUAUGAAAGUGGACUUGCAGAAUUUGAGAAAGAAGUUGCGAUACUUGACAAAUUCCGAUGUGAAUACAUCAUACACUUCUAUGGCGCUGUAUUUAUACCAAGUAAGGUGUGCAUGGUCACCGAAUUCGCAUCAUAUGGAUCAAUUCAAGAUUUGAUCAAACACAAAAAAGUGAUGAAGUUGCGAAUGAAAUUUUUACUAGAUGCAGCAAAAGGCAUUCAGUAUUUAGACGAAAAUGGCAUUUUACACAGAGACAUCAAACCAGACAACUUCCUUGUGUUAUCACUUGAAAUAAACGAGAAGGUUAAUGCAAAAUUGACUGAUUUUGGGUCAUCAAGAAAUGUGAAUAUGCUGCAAACUAACAUGACAUUCACAAAGGGUGUAGGAACACCAACUUACAUGGCACCCGAGAUUUUGAAACAAGAUAAGUACAAAAAGAGUGCAGACAUUUAUUCGUUUGCAAUCACUAUGUUCGAGACAAUUUUUUGGAAGGAAGCAUUUCCAAAAAGUGAAUUCAAAUAUCCAUGGAAAAUUGCAGACUUUGUUAACAAUGGAAAUCGCUUACAAAAAGUGGAUUGUAUAACUGAUGAACAGUAUAAACUAAUAUCAAACUGUUGGACCCACAACAAAGAAGAUAGAAUCACAAUAGAAGCUGCGAGAGAGCAACUUGAAAAUUGUUGA